AUGUCAAAACCUGUAACAGGAGUAACUACACUAGAUCACAGAAGGAAAGGGCUCUCGGAAUCUGCAACUGCGGAGACAAAUUAUGAUUAUCGCAAAAAAAACUCACUUCCUCUAGAUGAAUAUCACACGCCAAAGAAGCUUAUCCUUCAUACCGGUCUAACCGUCAAAGCUACAUCUGCAGCUGAGUUUGCUUCCGUAGUGUCGAAGGAUAUAGCAGUUACAACUGUGUCUGGUGAACGCUCUGAAAGUCAUGCUUUGGAAUCUCGAGUACUGUUGCUGUAUACGGGAGGGACUAUUGGAAUGAAGUUGUGUGGCAAUGUGUACGCGCCAGUAGCGUACUAUUUGCCAGAAGCAAUCCGUCAGCUGCCUCCCUUAAAUGACGUUGAUUAUAUCAAGAAAAAUUAUGGUGAUGCUAAAGUGAAACCGUUCUGUUUGCCCCCAGUCCGUGACAUUAAAAAGAGGAUAGUAUAUUGGGUUUUGGAAUACGACCCCUUAUUAGAUUCAUCUGAUAUGACAUUUGACGACUGGAUUCGUAUCGGGACAGAUAUCAAAAAGGCCUAUAACCAUUAUGAUGGGUUCGUUGUUCUUCAUGGCACCGACACAUUGGCUUAUACAGCAUCUGCUCUAUCAUUUAUGCUUGAAAAUUUGGGGAAACCUAUUGUUAUCACGGGAGCUCAAAUCCCGGUUUGCGAAGUUAGAUCAGACGGCCGUGAAAAUUUGGUUGGGGCAUUGAUGGUUGCAGGGAAUUAUGAUAUUCCAGAAGUAUGUGUUUAUUUUAACAAUCGUCUGUUGAGAGGAAAUCGGACCCGAAAAGUAGAUGCUUCUGGACUCGAAGCAUUUAAUAGCCCAAACAUGUCGCCACUCGCUACCAUGGAUAUCAGUAUCAACGUGAAUUAUGAUGCAAUUAUUCGGCCUGCUUCGGCAGCACCAUUCACCGUAUUUGAUAAGUUGUGUAGGAACGUUGGUCUUUUGCGGAUAUUCCCUUCAAUUUCAAUUAAUUCUGUCCGAGCAGUUUUGCAACCUCCAACACAGGGUGUGGUAUUGCAAAGUUUCGGUGCUGGAAAUAUGCCGUCAAAAAGAGAAGAUAUCAUUGCUGAAAUCAAAAAAGCAAUCGAUCGAGGCUGUAUAAUCAUCAAUUGUACACAGUGCUUGAAAGGGCAGGUUGAUGUGCAAUAUCUUACUGGAAAGAUCUUGUAUGACAUUGGAGUCAUUCCUGGGUCCGAUAUGACUCCAGAGGCCGCGUUGACGAAGCUGUCAUACGUGCUCUCUAAAGACUGGGAUAUAGAAAAAAAGAGACAGAUGAUGCAGGAAAGUUUACGAGGAGAAAUUACUGUUUACAAGCAUUCAUUGCAAUUCCCUGAUGUUAUCCCAAGGUUGGCGAAGUUCUUGCAUCUGGAUUCAUCCAAAGAAGUCAAGAAGUUGAGCAAUAGUUUAUUUCCUACAUUACUUUGUUAUGCUGCGCGAACUAACGAUCUGAACUUAGUUGGAAUCUUAGCUCAGUAUGGUGCCAAACCCUCGAUACCUGAUUACAAUGGGCGAACACCUCUUCAUGUUGCAGCAAGUUUGGGACAUAUUGAGCUUUUAAAGUACUUUAUAGAAAAUGGAGCAGAUGUCGAUGCUCGAGAUCAUCGUGGUGAGAACCCUUUGAUGUGUGCUGUUCGUGGAAACAGGCUUGAUUGCAUCGCAGAACUGCGGAGAGCAGGAGGAGCUAUUUCGUUAACUGCCACCGAAAUAGGUACCCAGUUAUGUUAUUUAGCUAGUAAAGGCGAUAUUGAAGCUUUGGAUUCUUGGAUCGCUGCUGGUGCUGACUUGAAUUACGUUGAUUAUGAUGGCCGAUCGCCAUUGCAUGUAGCUGUUGCUAAAAAAAACACUGAAUGCGUUUCUUUCCUUCUGGAUCACGGUGCUGACACUACAUUAACUGACCGUAAUGGACAAAGUCCACUUCAAGAAGCAGAAAAAAAAGGGCCAGAAGUUAUUAUUAGUUUGCUUAAAGCAAAGAGUGAACAGCGAGAGACGUUGUCGCCGGAAAGGCAAGGUGGCAAAAUGUUAUCUUGA